GUAGCUAUCCCGUCUGAGUUAUCACUCGUGUGUGACAUCUCCGCUUCACAUAUGUCUAACCACUCGGGGUAUAGAUAGAAAAUGGCGAUGCCGAAGGCAAGAAAUAGAAUCCGUGUCUCCAACGAGCCUUUCAUGCCACUUCGUGAAGUUGUUCAGAAUGACAGUGGAUUCAUCUCAUGCAAUGAAGUCAGUUUGCUGAUAGUCGUUUUCUGUUGCUGUAUCCUUGGGAGGAUCAUUCGACUCAGGAGUAGGCCUAUUGGGCCAUUUCAUAAGGGUAGAAGGAUAUCCCAACCUUCAGUUCCCAAUGUGAUAAUAGAAAAUACUUAUAUUAUUCCACGAAUACCCUCUCAGUUGAAGCCCCUAAGAAAACAUGCCCGCACAGCUGACGAAGAUCCCUUACUCAGGCCCUAUUAUAAGCGGACUGUAGAGAAACUGGAACGAUUUGAGGUGCAUACUCAACUGAGUGCCACUGAUGUUCCCAUUGAUAGUCCAGACUGCGGCAGACACCCCAGAGGCAGACGACACAGCACUUUUAGCUCACAGUCACGGCGACAACAGGUCAAGGUCAAGGACAGUGGCACUAGCUUCAAUGAUGAAGGCCCAUGCCACCACGUUCAAAAAGUAUCAAGGAUCCCUGCUAGUACGCCAGUGCCUUUGGAGAAUCUGCCUUGCAGUCAACCCACAAUAAACUCACACUGUGAAUGGCCAAAUGAUAAAGAUGCAGGAAUGAUGAUGGUGGCACCUCAUGGGGACAGCAAGAGGCCUGAAGCCAGCUCAGCAUCUCCCACUGAAGGCCAAGCCAACACAGUCGGAGGUAGGCGAGCCACUUCGGCAGUUUCCAUGGUCAGACUCCAGAGAAAAUCCUCCUCCUCAUCAUCAUCUUCAUCAUCAUCACCAUCACCAUCACCACCAUCCCCCCGCCAGCGUUGGCACUUUGCCAUCUUGAUUGUCAGGAUAGUGCUGAUGCUGAGAUCUGAGAGGCUCAGGCUUGCUCGGGAAACGCCUAAACCGAAGACGACCCCAGAAAUAAAGCCUCCCCGACGGAUGCCCCCUGCAAUUGAUGCCCCUCCAACAGCUACAAAGCGUCCACCUACCCAGUCAGCCAAAGACUUCCUGAGAUCCAAGGUGUUCAGACAGAGGAUGGAAUAUCACCUGCGCUGUAAGAUGAACGCCCAACGAUGGGGCUUCCCAAGGCUGGUCAUCAAGUACGUAGGCACAGGGAUUAUCCAGCACCGCUUGCCUGGUGGCCCAGGGGCGAUGAAGAAGACCCUGAAGAUACGUGAUUGGUGGAAGAGUAAAGGUGAGGACCAAGCAUGUAUUGGGGAGGACAGGACAGGACAGUGGCGCCCUCUCUGGCUGAAGGAAUUGAAGUCAGUGCUGCUGGCAUCGACGAACCAGGCAGACCAGAACGUACCCGAACCCAAACCCGAACCCAAACCAGAGGCCAUGAUUCAGCCUCUGCAGCAACCAGAGAUUGCAACAGAGCCCCCCGGGACCUUGUCUAGAGGUCAACAAGGCCUAAGCGACCAUGUGGCGGAGACGACGGAUGGCGCAACUCGGGAACAUGACCUGAGCAGAAGAGGCGACAGGAAGUCCCUGGUGGAACAGCUGAAGGAACAGCUCCGAAGGAACGGGCUGACUGACUGUCAUGCCUUCUCCUCCUCCUCCUCUCCUAAUCCCCCUCUCCGACGCCGUUCUCGCCACCACAACAGCCUUGUGACCGGGUCUCUCCUCACCUCAUCCCAUAUUCAGAGCCAUCCUGCUGCCACCAUGAAGACGGCGCCUCCGCCACGCCUACUUGUAGAUGGAGCAGCCCUGGUGGUCCUCGAUCGCAUGAAGCUGAGCAACAUUGAGAAGAACCUGAUCCUGAGACAUCAGCGCCAUCUGGAGGGGAGGGAGACACCCUACACCAUGUAUUUGAAGAAGAUGGCGCAGCAACCCAACACCCAGACGCUCUCUCACACUAACAAGAUGGUGAAACUCACCACCCCACCACUCUCUCAUACAAUGAACAUGGCACAGCAACCCACCACCCAAAUGCUCUCUCUCACUAAGAUGCCACCACCACCCACCAUCUCACCACCUACUCACACUAUGAAGUUGGCACAGCAACCCACCACUCUCUCACACUAUGAAGUUGGCACAGCAACCCACCACCUCACCACUCUCUCACACUAUGAAGAUGGCACCACCUCACCACUCUCUCACACUAUGAAGAUGGCACAAACUCACCACACCUCUCCCUCUGCCCAAGAGAAUGUUUCAGUGGUAGGCCUAAUGUCCAGGUGAAAAGAGAGCAAAGAAUGCGUGGAUACUGAUUGUUCACAGCACUUUAUUUUCUUUUAGUUUUUCAGAUAGUGCCAGUGAUUGAAACGGUGUCCAGAUUGAAUUGAAUUAAGACAUAAGCCUGGCAUCUCUAUUUUUGUUCAAGUACCAGCAAAUAAAUGUUUAAGAUUAAAACUAUUUUGAGAAAUAAUAAAAUCCAAACAAGAAAUGACCAAC